AUGGGAUCAACAGUGGCCGAGUUUAUGUCUGCAGAGGCUGAGGAGGAUAAGGUAGCAAUUAUCAAUAAAAAAACAGAAAGUUUCACUGAAAUUAGUAGCCUUAUUCUGGAGCUUGGUCCAUAUAUAAGUGGCGAGGCAUCGAUGGAAGCUUGCCAGAAAGGUUUAAAUUUCUUGCUGCUUGUACUACAAAACAUCGACUCUAGAAAGCUUUCAAGGCAUGACUUGAGUGCUCUCGUUAAUUACUUAACAAAUCGGUUGUCUCAUGCCGGGGAAAUUCAAGUAUAUCGAGCUGGUCUAUUGGAGAUUGCCAAGUGCUUGACCACCAUUGCAAAGAUGCCCAAGUUUAUCAAAUCCAAUGCACCUGAUAUUGCUUCGGCGGUUUUCUGUCUUCCAGAGAACACAAAGUCUUUAAAUGACUUUCCUCAUUCUACACGACUAAGUCUACUAGGCCUUCUCCAAAAUCUGCUAGACGCAUAUUCAACAGCACUUAAGACCUCGAUGGAAAGCAAAUUCGUGGAUGGUGUGGCCGCGAUGGCGGCAGCGGAGAGAAAUCCAUCUUGCAUCCUUGCCAUUUUUAAGAUUUACAGAACGUUAGGCAAAACUUGGAACAUAAGUUCCGAUGAAGCCGAAACCAUGUUUGGGUCGUUCUUCCGUUAUUUUCCCAUUACUACUACUAAAUCAGCCACGCCAUUGAAACCAGAAGAAGAUCUCAAACGCGGUCUCUUAAAUUGUCUAACAUCAAAUGAUGGUUUUGCAUCUCUUGUUUUUCCAUCGUUAUUCCAAAAAUUAGACUCCGAAAGCAUUGAUGUAUUUGAUGCUAUGCUUGAAUGCAUAUACAGCUACACAAAUGUUUCGGAUUUCUCAAUAACAAUAUGGGAUACUUUGAAAUGGGAGGUCUGGAACGGCGAAAACGAUGACUUUAUCAAUCGUUCUAUAGAAACUAUUGCUGCGAUUGCUAGCCGACUGGGACAACGACAAUUUGAUAUGGAAGACGACAACAAUGAGUUGGCAAAAUUUGUCGACUACGUUACUCAGGAAUGCAGUACAAUAUUUACGGACGAUACAAAGAAGCGUAUGAUUUUGCCUUGUGCUCGUAUAUUAAGCAAGAUUGCGAGCACCUCUGUCUACGCCUUUACACUCGUUUUUCGAAACUCUUUACCAACUCUAUUUACCUUAUGGCAUCGACUUGAUACUAUGGCCGAUAGAACACGUCUAGUCGAAUCUCUAAAUAUAAUUCUUGAAACACGUUCAGAUAUUUCGCGUUCAUCCAUUUCAGAUAACGAAGACGCAUCUCAUCAGCCCACGAGAGACUGGACUGAGGAAUACAUGGCUCGACGAACGGCCAUCAUGGAGGAGUCUUUUGACAGCUUCCGCGAAAGUCUCGUUGAACUAUACUUUGGCGCCACGUCCAGGUCAUCUAGUGAUCUCGCAUUACAGAUUGCCACCACUAAAGGAUUCACACUUUUGGCCACGAUCCGCAAUAAUUCCACGAACCAAUCCUUCUUAAAUUCUUUCGAACAGGGGACAAUCGUUGAAAAGCUUAAUGCGACCGCCUUUGACUUAAAGGAAGCGGAGGAGCUUCGCGCAUUAGCUGUGACUUCCCUGUCCACCUUAUCGGUUCGAUAUACAGAUACAUUUAUCAAGAUCACUCUCCCUAACUUCAUGGGAAGACUCCCUGAUCAAUUAAGAUCCGAUAAUGUUAAUGACUCCGACUUGUCUCACGUGGUUUGGCUUUUAGACUCUCUUGUGGAUAUUGCAUGCAAGUCAACUUGCCAACAUGAGUUGGAAGUUCUUGACACUGAUACCAAGAUUCAUGUCAAAUUCAGUUUGUUCAUGGCUUUGCAAUCUGAAUUGGUCACAAAAUUUACACAUUCUGUUUCCAAGAAUGCGAAUCAGACAUCAUAUCAGAUGGCCCUUUUAGCCGCAAUUUACCGGGGAUUGCAAGUCUUUGACGGUGCACUUGCUAACGAUAAGAUGACGAGUGAACUCUUGUCGAACAACGAUGAAAUCGUCGAUACUUACUCCUUCAUCGCCAUCGCAUUAUUUAAACGAGUCGUUGGGCUCUUUCAGCAUGAGGCUGGCGAUUCAAAGGGGAGCUGGUUUGUUGGAAUUUCCGAGGCUAAUAAAGGAGAACCUUUCAACGAUCUUGUUGUUGCGCUCGUUGGAACGAUUGGGACGUACAUACUUCGAUCCAAUAACACCUUGCAUGCAAACAAUUUCCUGCUCAAAGCUAAUGCAGACAAUCCAACUGAGCCAAGUCGUGUCUGGACUUUAUUUAACUUCGGAGCACACACAAGACCAGACCUUGGUGUUUGUCAGCAAGACCUUCGUGUUGGCCCUUCUAAUAAAUGCUCUGCCAACAUACUCUCUACAGCCCUAAUAGCUGGAAUUCACAAAGAAGAUAAGGAUCGAUUAGGUCUAAAAGUUCACGAGACUGCUAAGUCAAUGCUUUUGAAUGCCAUUUCCGUGCAAAAUGAUUGUUCAAGACAAGCUCGUAUUAGCAUGCUGCAAAUGGUUCAGCUUCUUGUUAAUAAAUUCGGUGCAGAUAAAGAAUUGUUCGAGAAUGGACGACCACUUCACGAUAUCAUGCUCGAGCUAGUCAAAGAUGCACCAUCAAAACCGGAUUCAGAAGCAUAUCAGAUCUAUCAAGCCUUGGCCUAUUUUGCAGCGGCUGCAUUAGCAGCAUAUGAGCCUUGCAGUACGGCGCUCAUAGAUGUCAUGAUGCAGGGUAUUUCCGACCCAAAGCGCGGUCGAAAGAUUGCCCAAAGCUUCGCAAUUCUUCUGGCUCCAUCAAACAUCAUGAACGAAAGCAACUUCUGUGUCCUUCGUCCACUUCGAUUUGGCCGCAUUUACAGUCUCGCGGUCAAUCAACUCAUCGCUCACUGGCGAUCCAAUGACGAUAGCCGCAUCAAGGACAACUGCCUCGUCGCUCUUGCUGGUAUCCUUCGAUACAUGCCAGCAAAGAUUUUGCAGGGCAAUGCUGCGCAAAUCCUCCCACUUGCCUUGGCUGGUACAAAUGUUCCAAAUAAAGCUACAAAGGAUGCAAGCAUGAAUAUCAUGAUCGUCCUUAUGCCAGAAAAUCCAAAUUUGAUCGAAGAACACCUCGAUUCGAUCAUCAAUCGCAUGACAGAUCGUACGCAUAAUACGUAUGAUUCUCCCUCGGAUGCUACUGUGGAAGGUAGAUCCAAGGCUCUAGAUGUGCUUGCCAUGCUUCCAACCUUGGUAGAGAAUGGGCUUCUUCUGAAGCGGAAAAACAACGUGCUAAAGGAACUUGAUAUAUCACUGGAUGAUUGUUCUAGAGAGCGUGGUGUUGAGGGAUUACAUUGGGUGGAAAGUGAUUACAUAUGA